AUGGUUUCAAUUGAUAUGCCAGCUGGUCCAUCUGAACUUUUAGUGAUAGCUGAUAACACAAGCAUUCCAGCAUAUGUUGCAUCAGAUCUUUUAUCACAAGCUGAACAUGGGACAGAUUCUCAGGUGGUUUUGGUAAUGGUUUCAAUUACACCUGAACUUCUUAUAAAAAUUGAACAAGAAAUCAAUGAUCAAGCAAAAAAAUUGCCAAGA